AUCUAGAUGACAAUGCUUAGUUCAUAAUAUUAUUAGGAAUAGCCCAUUAAUAAGAGGUUGUGACUGAUACAUGAUAAUGACUAAUUCACUUCAAGAGGUCAUAAGAUCACCUACGUCACCUGCGUGUCGCCAAGUGCAGCUGAUGGUGAAGUUCCAUCUUGUGUUCUCUGUCUGAUGGUCAUCAUGUUCAGACGAAACCAAACAGCUCUGCUCUCUGUUCAGCUGUUAGCUUUGUGCCAAGUCUUCGCAGGGAUCGUUCGAGACGAGCUAAAGAAUAUGCAGGUGUUCAGAGGAGAUUCUGUCCAGUUCACUUGCAACACAUCAGGUGCAAAUAUAAGACAAAUCGACUGGACCAAAGUCAGCAGGACCAAAGGCAGACUGGUUUUUUCUCAUUCAAUCUCAACGAAUCAGACUUUUUCAAAUUGGACCUCUCACAGACUGAUAAUAGACCGAAACUUACCUCCAAAGCUGAAUAUCUUGAAUGCAGAGCAUGACGAUGCAGGACUCUACACAUGUACUGUAACUGCUGCAGCUGGUCCAGAGACUUUUCAGUGGAAUUUAACGGUGUCUGAGAAACCUGAAGAAAUCAGUCCUUCGUGGAUUCUACAAUACAUACUCGCACCUGUCAUUGGAUUGCUUCUGUGUGCCAUCGCUCCAGCUGUCUGCCUCUGCAGCUUUUUCUCUGCAGGAGGGCCUGGACGUCGAACCCGAACCCAGUCCAGGACCAGCGCCAUCUCGAGUUGGAAGCAGAGGUGGUCCUCUCUCAACCGCAGGCUGGCACAGACCGAAAGACAAAAAACAAGCAUGGGAGACAGUACAUGGAGAGGCUCAAUUCCAUCUAUGGUCUAUGAGCUGACAAGACAUUCAGAUGAAAGUUAAACAAGAGACAUGGACAGAGCCUACGAGAGAGAUCAACAUUGACGAGCAUUGCAUUUUUCAAUUUCAAACCGAGUGCUUCAAGGGAAGGCAAUCAGACGGCGGACAACUGGGUCACUGGUGCCCAAACACAUUAAAACCAGUUCCUUCACUCUAAGGGAUUCUGUUUUUCCAUUGUCUUUUGUAUUUGUGUUACUCUAUGUAUUUUAAUAUGUUUAAUAUGUGUGAUGGUUUUUAUUAUGAAUGUGACCCAGCUGUCCUGCACUAUGACCUCACCGAGGGAAGUUCCCGACAAUGUUUGUUGUAAUGGCAAUAAAGUUAACUGAAGUCA